UCCACUCUUACCUUCAGUGUGUGCUCCACUAUGGACCGCAAAAGGGCUGGCUGGCACAGGACAAAAACAGAGAGGAAAGCCCAUAUGUUGCAGAAUGACGGAUGACAGGAGUACUAUGCUGCGGAUCCUUGAGGAGCCUCGGAUGCGGAGAGAAGUGGAGAGACUUCGGACCUUUCAGAACUGGCCUGCAGAUGCACCCGUUGUUUCUGGUGACCUGGCGAAGGCAGGCUUCUUCUUCUUGGGUUCUGGGGACAAAGUCCAGUGUUUCUGCUGUGGAGGGGUUUUAAGAUACUGGGAACAGGGUGACAUCCCCGCCGUUGAGCAUAAGCGUCAUUUCCCUACUUGCAGCUUUAUACUGGGUCGAGUUGUGGGAAAUAUUCCACUGGCAUCAGGCUCCUCAGACUCUGUGGAUGGCCAGCUGUUGAGUCAGCUCCAGAGGAUGACUAUGGAUGAUCAGGGAACACCUGGACAAGCAGUAUACCCGGAGAUGGAAGCAGAGGACUCUCGACUCACCACUUUCCACAACUGGCCCACUGAAGCCUCGGUACAGCCAGAUGUUCUGGCCCGAGCAGGAUUUUUCUACACCGGUCAUGGUGACAAUGUCAAAUGCUUCUUCUGUGAUGGAGGGCUGAGGAACUGGGAGCCAGGGGACGACCCCUGGCAGGAACACGCCAAAUGGUUUCCAAGAUGUGAGUUUUUGAUCCACUCACGAGGGCAGGAGUACAUCAGCAACAUCCAGGAUGCUCAUUUCCACCUGGGUGACACUGUGGGAGGAUUGCAGACGUCCACAGGCAGAGACAUCGGUGCCAGAAACAGUCUGGUCGGAGGUCUGGGAGCUUCAUCGGUCGUGCUCUCUCCCGUCGUGCAAACUGUGUUGCAGAUGGGGUUUGAAGCCAGUGUGGUGGAGAGUCUAGUGCAGACUAAGUACCUACUGACAGGUCAGCACUACACCUCAGUGUCUGAGCUGAUUACUGAUGUUCUGCAAGCAGAAGAGGAGGAGAGGCAGACGGGGCCAAACAGCAGAGAGCCAGAGACAAACCUGGGAUCCAGUGCAGGAAAUGUCAGGACCGAGACGCCCAUCCCAAAGAGAGUAAUGGAUCAAAGUCCUGAGGAGCUGCUGAGGCAGCUGCAGGAAGAGAGGACCUGCAAAGUCUGUAUGGACAAGCUGGUAUCCAUCGUCUUCAUCCCCUGCGGUCACCUGGUAGUUUGUGGUGAUUGUGCUGCCAGCCUACGUCACUGCCCCAUCUGCAGAGCUGUCAUCAGAGGCAGCGUUCGUGCUUUUAUGUCUUAAGUCUAUAGUAAAAGAAUGCCCCUGCAAUGGUGUUGCAGUUUCCCCUUAAAUUUCCACUGCCUGCAAUUUUCAGGAAUUUUAAAUGAAUGCUGGUUUUAUAAUGUUAUACAAUAAAGUAUUUAGGUUUC